UUAUCUAGAUUUCAUCAACCUCAUGGCCUACGAUUUCCACGGCAAGUGGGAACGACAAGCAGGCCACAACGCGCCGCUUUAUGCGCCAUCUUCCGACAGCGAGUGGCGCAAGCAGCUCUGCGUGACGCACGCGGCGGACAUGUGGGUCCGCCUCGGCGCCCCUCGGGACAAACUGGUCAUUGGCAUGCCCACCUAUGGCAGGUCCUUCCAGCUGUCCGAGAAAGCCAACUAUCACGUCAAUGCACCUGCCAGCGGUGGCGGCAAUGCUGGCAAAUACACCAAGGAGAGCGCCUUCAGGCGACCUAUACACAACACGUAUAUCUUCAGGAACCUAAACGCUGGUCGUUCGCGCGUGUUUCGCAUAAACUUGCAGGUGUGCCAAUUGCUGCAAGAAGGUGCCAAGUACGUCUGGGACGACGAGAUGAAAGUGCCGUACUUGGUGGACGGAGACCAAUGGGUUGGGUUCGAUGAUGAAAAAGCCAUUCGGAAUAAAAUGGCGUGGAUCAAGUCUGAAGGCUACGCCGGCGCCAUGGUGUGGACUCUGGACAUGGACGAUUUCACCGGC